CUUUAAGCCGCCAUCUUGUGGAAACGCCUUGAGGAGGAAGCGACGACCCUGUCGGCGUAGCUUUUGGUGAGGCGUUUUCGGCACGUUUCUCGUUAAAGAUUUCGGCUUAAGUAAUUAACUAAGCGAAAUAUAUCAUACGCCUGCCGAGGUAACGAGGUGAAAAUAACCGCGUGGUCGAUUCUGGGAUUUCUUCUUAAAAGAUCACUGUUUGUAUCUUGUCAAACAUGGGAAAUAUAUUUGCAAAUUUAUUCAAAGGCCUCUUUGGCAAAAAGGAAAUGCGAAUCCUGAUGGUGGGUCUUGAUGCUGCUGGAAAAACUACUAUUCUUUACAAACUUAAGCUUGGGGAAAUUGUAACCACCAUUCCGACUAUAGGUUUUAACGUUGAGACAGUGGAGUACAAGAAUAUAAGUUUCACAGUGUGGGAUGUUGGUGGCCAGGAUAAGAUUCGACCUCUGUGGCGCCAUUACUUCCAGAACACACAGGGUCUUAUCUUUGUCGUGGACAGCAAUGACAGAGAGCGAGUGAACGAGGCCAGGGAGGAGCUCAUGCGGAUGCUGGCUGAAGAUGAGCUGAGAGAUGCCGUUCUAUUAGUAUUUGCUAACAAACAGGACCUCCCAAAUGCCAUGAAUGCUGCCGAGAUCACCGACAAGCUGGGACUGCAUUCUCUGCGUCACAGGAACUGGUAUAUCCAGGCCACCUGUGCCACCAGUGGUGAUGGGCUCUAUGAAGGACUGGACUGGUUGUCCAAUCAGCUCCGAAACCAGAAAUAGCUCCCUCCUCCGACCUGCCCCCUCUCCUCUGCAUCUUCUCCUCACUCUUGCUUUACUUCUCUGAUGUUGCAAACUGCGCUACUUUGUGGUAUCGAAUGCCGGAAGCUGUCCUCAUUUCAUCUCUCGUCAAUAUAAAUUAUGAGCCACUCGUUUUUGUUUUGUUUUUUUUUGUUUUUUUGCAAGCUUUGGAAGUCAGGAUUCUUAUUUAAUGUAAAUAGUCUUUUCUAGUGAGGCUGCUUCUGGCACUCUUAUGCAAUAUGUACUCUGCCUUUCCGUUCAUGUUCCUGCUGUACUCUUGGACAGACCUGCAUUGUAUGUAGUCCUGGAAAGGGAUAGAAGCAGCCCGCCGAUGCUCUCUUAAACAUCCACGUGGUCGCUGUAUUGGCCAGCCUUUCCACGUUAUUUUGAGUACACUGAAACAUUUUCCCCUCUUAUUUUUGGUUGGGUGCCCGGUACCACAGUGAAACGGCACAUCCUUGUAAAACACUGAAAGAAAUGGAAGAACUCGGAGGCGGGCGAUGAACCACUCGUAGCAAUGGUUACCCUUCAUGAAAGUAUGUCCUGGCUUUGGUGAUCUUACCAGACAAAGCAUGAAUCUGCUUAGUGCGCCCUGUGUUAAUAGUAUGUUACGCUGUUAUGUUUCUCGAUUAAAUGCAUCCAAGUCAACUUUAUAAAAAAAAAAAAACAAAAA